GGUGCGUGCCCUGACACAGCAUGUUUGAAGAGCUCCUGCAGGCUCCUGCUUUGGCCUCCUGGUUGGGGCUUCUUGCAGGCUUGCUGGCCGUCUAUCUUUUGUACUCCAGUUGGACUUUCCAAGAUGAACAGAAGCGUCUUCCUGGGCCCAGACGUCUUCCUUUGAUUGGUAACCUGCAUCAGUUGGAUCUCAAGUGGCUUGAUAAGUCCCUAUUUGACCUGUCUAAAAAGUACGGACCGGUGUUUACCGUCUACUUGGGACUCAAGAAGGUGGUGGUCCUGGCUGGAAGCAAGACAGUCAGACAGGCUCUCAUCAACCAUGCUGAGGAGUUUGGGGAGAGAGAAAUCACCCCUUUAUUCCACGAUUUCACCAAAGGGCACGGCAUAAUAUUCUCCAAUGGUGAUAGCUGGAAGGAAUUGAGGCGCUUUACCUUAACAACUCUGAGAGAUUUUGGGAUGGGCAAGAGGCUCAGUGAGGAGAAAAUCACUGAGGAGUGUCACUACCUCAUUGAAGAGUUUGAAAAACAUAAAGGCAAAGCCUUUGACACAACAACGAUCAUCAGCUAUGCGGCUUCAAAUAUCAUUUCGGCCAUCAUGUUCGGAGAGAGGUUUGACUUUAAAGAUCCAGUCCUCCAGGAUAUGGUGAAAAAUGACCAAGAAACCAUCCGCCUGUCUGGAUCAGCUUCCAUCGUGAUCUACAAUGUGUUUCCAUGGCUGGGUCCUUGGCUUAAAAACUGGAGGGAUUUAAUGAAGAACGUGGAGAUCAACAAACAGCAUUUAUUGCAAUUAAUAAACAAACUAAGGGAGACUUUCAAUCCUGACAUAUGUCGGUGCUUUGUCGAUGCUUUCUAUACACGUAAACAGAGUCUGGAGGAGUCUGAUGCUCAAGGGGUGCACUACCAUGAUGAAAACCUGGUCUACAGUGUGAUGAAUUUGUUUGGCGCUGGAACGGACACAACAUCAAACACUCUUCGCUGGAGUUUACUUUUAAUGGCCAAGUACCCUCAAAUACAAGAUCGGGUCCAGGAGGAGCUUAGUAGGGUGGUGGGAGACCGUCAGAUCACAAUGGAGGACAGGAGGAACCUGCCUUACAUCGAUGCUGUCAUCCACGAGACGCAGAGGUUCGCCAACAUUGUCCCCACGUCCAUCACUCACAGCACCAGCAGAGACGUCACCUUCCAGGGAUACUUCAUUGAAAAGGGGACCACUGUGCUCCCUCUGCUGACAUCUGUCCUCUAUGAUGAGAGUGAGUGGGAGACACCAAACACCUUCAACCCUUCCCACUUCCUGGACGAGGAGGGUAAAUUCAUCAGGAGGGAUGCUUUCUUGCCCUUCUCUGCAGGCCGCAGGGCUUGUCUUGGGGAAGGUCUGGCUCGGAUGGAGCUCUUCCUCUUCUUCACACACAUCCUGCAGCGCUUUCGAUUCACCCCUGCGCCCGGGAUGUCGGAGGACCAGCUGGAUUUGACCCCAUUGGUGGGCUUUACCCUCAGUCCUCUACCACACCAGUUGUGUGCUGUGAGUUGCCACUGAGAAGGAGUUGUUUAGAUAAAAGUAAAAGGAGUGUCUCAUACCUUUCCAUUCAGUCUAUCAAUUUAAGAAUAAUGAUGAACAUUAUUAACAUUAUAAUUUUAUAAAAUAUCAAAGCACUGCAAAUAAUGACCACAAUGUGACAUUUGAAACACUUUGAAAUGGUCGACUUACUUAUACUUACUUUAUAUUAGUGUUUGUGAUUAUGUUAAAGUGGUCCAAAACCAAAUACAUUAAGUUUUCUUAUUUUGUGGAUUCUAUCUUGAAUAAAUAAGAUCAUGCAAA